UUUUGAUUGUGUUUUUGGGUGUUUUUUUUUCUGUCUGUUCGAAAACUCUUGUAUCGAUUUACGCACCGCAUGGUGGGGACGGGAGAGUGUAAGCUCCCGGCACUCCCAACGCACCCCGCGCGUAGACGUGCUGUUUUUUUUUUUGGCGAGGUGAUCUCGCCGUCGCACGCCCUGCAGGGCUGGGACUUCAAAGUAUGCAAAGAAGGUGGUGCAUCAUCGCGAUUUAGCAUGUUUUAAGGGGGAAAGGGGAGCAGGGAGGAAGAGAUCGUGGUUGAUCGGUUUAAGGGGGUGGGGGAAAGGCGGUUGCAGUUGUACAGUUUUCAUUUUCACUGCUGCGGGCGCCGCCAUAGUUGAAUUCCAGCAGCAACAGCCCAGCCGCACACAGCCACACACAUAGGCAGCGGCAGCGGCCAUCUCUCGUGCAUACAACAACGGAAGGUCGGAUUGUUGGCGCUGCCGCUGGUGCUGGUGGUGGUGGUGGUGGUGGUAUGCCGCAAGUGCCUUUCGCAAAGCAGCGAGCGACAGAAAGGUGGACCGAGGAGUGGUCGGCGGCGGCGGCGGCACAGUGAAGACACUACACUGAUCACGCAAGCGGAAAGCGUUGCCCUGCGGCAGUAGUUAGGCAGCCGGAGGAAAGUUCAAGUGGUUCGCGUCAAGUGAUCAAGCGCGCCUGUCUGCCCCUUCAGUGCUCGGUGCCCAGUGUUUGUGAGUGAGUGUGUGUGUGUAAGUGAUUGUGUGUUAGGCAGCAGCCUCCCAGAGGAAACCCAAUCAACCGCAGCCAAACAUCAUCAUCAAACGUUUCACAUCGCGCUCAGCCAUCCCGCCAGGCCGCCAGGCAGCCAGCUCAAUCGAUUUGGGACGAACACAAGGAAAGCCGGGAAGAAAGGAAGACGAACACGAGGAGCAGCAGCAGCAGCAGAAGCACAUCUUCGCAACAGCAUGUCGGAGGAAAACCAAGACAAUGGUGCCAGCCGGAACGGUUCGGCGGUGCCCGAAAUAGAAUUAAUCAUAAAGGCCUCAACCAUCGAUGGCAGACGGAAGGGUGCGUGCCUGUUUUGUCAGGAGUACUUCAUGGAUUUGUAUCUGCUGGCCGAGCUGAAGACCAUCAGUCUGAAGGUAACGACAGUGUGCAUGCAGAAGCCGCCGCCCGAUUUCCGCACCAAUUUCGAGGCAACGCAUCCACCGAUCUUGAUCGAUAACGGGCUCGCCAUUCUCGAGAACGACAAAAUUGAGCGGCACAUCAUGAAGUCUGUGCCAGGUGGCUACAAUCUCUUCGUUCAGGACAAGGAGGUGGCGACGUUGAUCGAAAAUUUGUACUCGAAGCUGAAGCUGAUGCUGGUGAAAAAGGACGAGAGCAAGAAUAAUGCACUGCUGGUGCAUCUGAAGAAGAUCAACGAUCACCUGGCGACGCGAGGCACCCGUUUCCUCACCGGUGACACGAUGUGCUGCUUCGACUGUGAGCUGAUGCCUCGGCUGCAGCACAUUCGCGUGGCCGGCAAGUAUUUUGUCGACUUCGACAUACCGAAACAUUUGACGGCCUUGUGGCGGUACAUGUACCACAUGUAUCAGCUGGAUGCAUUCACGCAGUCGUGCCCUGCUGAUCAGGACAUCAUCAAUCACUAUAAGUUGCAGCAGGCCAAAGGCGACAUUAAGAUGCUGAAAAUGAAAAAACAUGAAGAACUGGAGACACCAACGUUCACCACGUCUAUUCCGGUAGACUUAAACGACCAGUAACCGGAAGGCAGCUAGAAUAAUAUAAGCAACAGCAGAAUAUAAAAAUUAAAGACACAUAACGAGCAAUGGGGCCGCCAGUAACAGCACGAUACCGCAUAGGACGCUCCAGAUCCUAUCGCAUCAUUCAAUAGUUGUGAGCAUCGAGCUGGCUAUCAACAAUCCUAACUGCAAUGGCCUACACUAUGAUUGGACGCGCAUUGGACCUACAAGAAAAAAUACGUACAGAGACUGUUGGUGUGGAGUAGCAGUAACUGAACUAUUGUCCUUUUGAUAAAUCUAUUGUAAAGUAGGGCUCAGUCACACCGAGCAUUAGUGUACGAAAGUGAAAAAGCGAUGGCGAAAUUACGCCUUUAAACUUCCACAAUUUACUGCAAUGGCCGCUUGCAAAACUGCAAUCGAGGCGAGGUGUUUAGUAUCCGUCACUCGCGAAUUCAGCAGCAAGUUUGCAACGAUCGCUUACACGCUUCCAUUACUAGCCUAGAAACCCGUUUACUGGCAGAAUCAGGGCAAGGUCGAACCGUUUUGAUGUGCCUGGUAGAUAGAGAACGGCCUUAAAUUUACACGGAACGCCAACAACGAAGCAAAAUCACAGUUAUCUUAUCAGUCGCGGUAUUCAGUUGAGUUGCUAGACUAGUUGUGUACAUUCAAUGGUUAGAGUUUAGGCUUCUUAGCGGUUAAUUUUGCAUAUCGCAUGUUACGUUUACUUUUUUCCUUCUCUUUGAUUAUGGUAAAGGUAGGGCACUAUGGUCCCUCACCUCUUCUCCCU